GCUACAACUGGAGCCGCUGAGAGCUGCAACCGCAGGUGCAACUGUUGCAUGGGUCGAGGCAGCGACAAGGACGACCGGCGAGGGUGGGGACCAACGACGAGGACGGCCGGUAAGGGUGGGGACCGGUGACGAGGAAGGCCACCGGAAGGGAGCUGCGCGAGAUGGCGAAGAUGCGGGGAGUUGCGCGAGACGGCGAAGAUGCAGCGAGCUGCGCGAGGAGGAAGAAGAUCUGGGACGAAUCAUUUUUUUUUUUUCGCUAGAUCAAACGGCCAGAACAAGUGGCAUCAUGCGGCUAGGGCGCGACCGGCCCAAACUUCCGACGCAGAUCACUUGUGGAUUUUUCAAAAGAGAUUACUAUACAAUUAGGGGCAUGACGCAGUAUAGGCUGACACGUUACCUGUAUAAAAUAUCGCAAAGAUCACUUUGUAUAUGUAUACUGUCACUGCUACAAUUGUAAUGAACAGUCAGGAGUGAAGGUGACUGUUGAAGUGUUGAUACACAAUAGCUAUCCGUUCGUUCAUAGCUUAAUGUUUCAGUCACUAUUCUGAGUUUCUGACCAGUCAGCAGUCAAGGUCGCAUCCCAACUCAGAGGUGGGCAGCUGAUAUGUCAAAUCUUGACCACUUGGAAAGUUGGAACUCAAUCUACCUGAAUUCCAAGAACACUGCAUUAUACAAUCAUCUGCUUCCGCGAUCAAACAUUCGUUGAUGCAUCGCUUGCUUGUAGACCAAGGACUGGUACAACUAUCUACUUACUCCCAGUUAGCCACCUUCAUUAGUACUAAGAUCUUGCCUGAUCGAUCAAUGGAUUGGCCGGCUCUCACCAGCUUCACGGCGGUCACAAUCCUUAUCUUCCUACCGUUGAGCGCUUCCGACGAUCGGCUUGUCCCUGGCAAGGCGCUGUCCCCAGGUAACUUCCUUCUCUCCGAUGAUGGUGGAUUCGCCUUGGGCUUCUUCAGCCCCUCCAACUCCACUCCGACCAGCCUGUACCUAGGCAUAUGGUACACCGGCAUCCCCGUGCUCACUGUCGUGUGGGUCGCCAAUCGAGAAACCCCGGCCACCAACACCACUUCCUCUCCACCAACGGUCUCGCUCACCAACACCUCUAAUCUGGUUCUCUCCGAUGGUAAUGGUGGCCGCCGUGUCCUUUGGACAACGACCAAUGUGGCCACCGCCGUGGGCUCAUCUACCUCAACGGUAGUGCUUCUGAACACUGGCAACCUCGUUAUUCGGUUGUCAAAUGGCACCAUGUUGUGGCAGAGCUUCGACCACUGCACUGACACAUUCCUCCCUGGCAUGAAGCUACGGAUAAAGAAUAGCACACAGGGCACCGCCGAGCAUCUAGUAUCCUGGAAAGGCCCUAACGACCCUUCGUUGGGGCGCUUCUCCUAUGGCAGCGACCCGAACAGAUCCCUCCAAGUAUUCCUAUGGGAUGGGGAGCACUCGGUGUCUCGCAGCGCCCCAUGGACAGGGUACCUAGUGAUGAGCCAAAGCCAACAACAACUUGGGGGGACAAGGGCAACUAACGUCAGUGAUUUUAUCAUUUAUGUGGCCUUUGUCGACAAGGACGAUGAGAUGUACAUCACCUAUAGCCUCUCGGACGGCGCCCCACGCACCAGGUUAGUGCUAACCUACUAUGGUGAGUAUCAGCUCCAGAGUUGGAGCAACAAGUCGUCAGCGUGGGCUGUCCUUUGGAAGUGGCCGUCAGCUGAAUGCAACCGCUACAAUUACUGUGGCCCAAAUGGAUACUGCGAUGAGACAUCCACCAUGCCUGCCGUGCUAGCAUGCAAGUGUCUCGACGGCUUUGAGCCGACUAACACGGAGGAGUGGACUGUAGGCAGAUUCUCGGCGGGGUGCCGAAGGAAGAAGGCGCCGCGAUGCAGUGACGGCUUCUUAGCAUUGCCGGGGAUGAAGUCACCUGACAUGUUUUCUUCCGUGGGCGGGGACAGGAGUACGUUCGAGGAGUGCACAGCAGAGUGCAGCCGCAAUUGCUCGUGCGUGGCAUACACGUUCAGCAACCUGAGCACUGGCAGGUCUGGAGGAGAUGUGACACGAUGCUUGGUGUGGAAUGGGGAGUUGGUUGACAUAGGAAAGAUAGGGGAGCUUGGCGGUGAGACACUUUAUCUCCGGCAUGCACGCAUGGAUGCAACAACUGGUAGAAGAACAAAGAGAAAAACAAUGAGGAUUGUGUUGUCAGUUUUAAGCUCUAGUGUUUUGGUACUCAUCUGCAUCUUUCUUGCAUGGUUAAAAUUCAAAGGCAAGAACAAAAAAUGGAGAAAUCAAAAUAAGAUAAGUUUGGUCGGUACGAAUACCUCUAAUGAAUUUGGAGAAGGAAACCCUCCCCAUGAUUGGGAAUUUCCAUUUGUAAGAUUAGAAGAAAUUGUGCUGACAACCCACAAUUUCUCUGAAACAUGCAUGAUUGGACGAGGAGGCUUUGGUAAAGUAUACAAGGGAAUGGUAGGUGGUCAAGAAGUUGCAAUCAAGAGGCUAAGUAGAGAUUCUCAACAAGGAACAAAUGAAUUUAGAAACGAAGUAGUUCUGAUUGCCAAAUUGCAACACAAAAACUUGGUUCGGCUUCUUGGAUGUUGCAGUGAGGAAGAUGAAAAGCUCCUAAUAUAUGAGUAUCUGCCUAAUAAGAGCUUAGAUGCUACCCUUUUUGAUGACUCAAGAAAAUUGUUGUUGGACUGGGAGACACGAUUUAGUAUAAUCAAAGGGGUUGCAAGGGGACUAAUGUAUCUUCACGAAGAUUCAAGGUUCACCAUAAUUCAUAGAGAUCUCAAAGUUGGAAAUAUUUUGCUAGAUGCCGAUUUGAAACCCAAGAUAGCAGAUUUUGGUAUGGCUAGAAUCUUUGGUGAUAACCAGCAAAAUGCAAAUACCCAACGUGUUGUUGGAACAUAUGGCUACAUGGCUCCUGAGUAUGCAAUGGAAGGCGUCUUCUCUACCAAGUCUGAUGUCUAUAGUUUUGGCGUGUUACUACUGGAGGUUGUAACUGGCAUAAGAAGAAACUCCAUUAGUCAAACCAUGGGAUUCCCUAGCCUCACAGUUUAUUCAUGGAAUAUGUGGAAGGAAUCGAAGACUGAGGAACUGCUAGACUCAUGUAUCGUAAAUACUUCACCGGUCGAAGUUUUGCUUUGCGUCCAUGUGGCACUCUUGUGUGUCCAGGAGAACCCAGAUGAUAGGCCGCUUAUGUCAUCUGUUGUGUUCAUCCUAGAGAAUAGAAUCACCACACUUACAGCCCCAAGUCGCCCCGCCUACUUCGCACAACAAAGUGCUGAAAUUGGUAAUAUAAAAAAUGACAUUCGGACUUCCGUGAACAGUUUUACUCUUACCGAGAUAGAGGGGCGAUGAAGUAAUAAUUUUCAGGUUUAGAUGUAUAAAAUGGUCUUGAAGGAAAAACAAGUUGAUGAAUCAAACACUUUGGUAAUUUAUGGCUCAGCAAAAUAGUGAUGUAAUAUUCUAAA